AUGGAUUUCUCUGGCCUUCAGCUUGCUAUGCAGAAAACUCAAGAGCAAAAGGAGGAGGAAGCUCGUAAGGCUGCUAAUAAACCAAUUGGUUCAUUAAGUCCACUUAAACUCAACACAGCUGAGAGCAUUGCCGAAAAGAAUAGACAAAAGAAGCUCCAAAACAUGUCAAAGAAGGCUAAGGAGAGAAGAGCAAAGGCCAUCGAACGUGGUGAGGGCUAUAUUGACAAGCUCAAGAUGGCUGAAAAAACAAGACUUAAAGAUUUACGUGGAAAGCCUAGAUUCAAAGUUGAAAAACCAAAGAAAGAUAAGAAGCCAAAAGAAGAGAAACCAGGACCAGGCAGUUUAACAAAAUAA